AUGGUGUGGAGUGAUGCUGUCGAUGUGAUUCAGCACGAUAUGAUUGUGAGAUUGGCAUAUCCGUUGUUGAAGAUUGAAAGAUCGACUGAGAAUUCGGUGACAAUAUCGUUGCGAGACCCGGAAAACUUCUUUGAAGUCGAGUUUCAGAGUCAGGAGGCUGCCGUGAGUUUUAAGCAUAAAGUUUUGUACUUUAGGGCGAUUUUCAAGCCUUAAAAUGAACUUAAAACCUAAUAUUUGAUUUUUAAGCCUAAAAUUUGUUUUUAAGCUUAACAUUUGAUUUUUAAGCUUAUAUUGGUAUUUUUAUGUCUAAAAUUUAUUUUUAAACUGAAAAUUUUAUUUUUAAGCCUAAACUUUUACUUUAGGCCUAAAAACCUACAGUAGUGCUAUUAUUUUCAGUCCGAAUUCUUGGAAAUGACAGCUCAAGCUUGUGAGUACGCUCGACUUCGAAGUUCGUACACUCACGGUCAGCUACAGUUCCCACAACAGCGAUUGACAUUCGAAACAAGAGUUAGACAUGCUAGAUAUCACUUUUCUCCAAUGCAUUCCAGAUUUCCAGAUUGUGAUUACGAUGGGGAUUGGCUGGAUGGACAGCCUCAUGGAAAGUAAGUUUCGGCAAAUUUGGCUUGUAUAUGACGCUUUUGCUAUUAUAUGACUGAGAAAAAAAAGUUGGUAGAACUUGUCAUAGUCUAUUUGGUCGAAAUGGGUAUUUCUGGUUUAAAUUAACAUUGAAAAAAAAGUCUUUUGUUCUCUAGUAUGCAAAGCAGUGCAAAAUGACGACAAGACUUUUUUUCAAAUUUUAGCUAUAAAUAUUAUAUAAGCUAGUAUAAGCCUACUUUCAGAGGCCAACUAAAAUUCCCGGACGAGAGAAAGUACAAAGGUCGAUUUGCCUUUGGGCAAAUUGAUGGAAUGGGCGAGUUCUUCAACAACAAACCUCAAUUCAGCGACAAUACGACCGGCUCAGCGACGCCUUCGGCACAACAAUCCUCGUUGAUGAACAGCUUUUUCUAUACUCAACCUAAAUGUGUAUUGGAUUCAGUGAGAUGGGUGAAAGGAAGAUUUAAGGAUGGACUACUUCAUGGGCUUGGAUCGGCUACGUAAGGGGUUUUAAAUGAGGUUUUUUUGAAUUUUAGGUAACAGAAUUGAGUUUUUUGUUAUAUCAGUAGUUCUUGCUUGCUCUACCCUACCUUAUCUUAAUAUAUUCUGCUUUACUCUAUUCUGCCUUAACCUAUCCUAUGUAACUUAAACUUUUUUUUUAGUUUUGCCACUGGCGAUACAUACGAAGGCUACUGGGCAAACGGUCAAAUGCAUGGUCACGGAGUGUUCAAAGCGAUGGGCGAAGACAACAUCAUAGUUUACGUUGGUGGAUGGCAAAACGGCCAAAAACAUGGCUACGGAGUUCAAUCAACAAACAAAGAACGCUACCUAGGCCAAUGGAACGAAAGUCGAAGACAUGGAAAUGGCAGUUUAGUGACGAUCGAUGGCGUCUUUCAUGAAGGUCUUUUUGAAAAUGACAAAUUUGUUAACGGCAGAGUAGUGUACGAAGCCUCGAACGCUUCGUGGGAUCCGGAUACUGUAGUUGUGUUUGAAGGAAAAUUUGAAGAUUUAAACGUGGCUGCUGGAAAAGGUACACUGACGUUGAGUAGAAACAAUCAAAUUGUUGGUACUAUGCAUGGAAAGAUACUGGGCAAUGAAUUGUCAAUUGCUAACGCUACCUACAAACAUUUGACUGAAGGGUUUGAAGCUGAUGAGUGGGUUUUUUAUUUUUUUUUUUGAUUUUUUUUAUUUUUAGGUAUGAAUUUUGCAAAAAGUUAUUUUUAAAUAUCAGAGACUUCAUUAUGGCCGACGGCGCGAAACGAGGUAAAUACGCAGUUCAUGAAGAUGAAAAAUGGCUAGAACUAUUUCAACACUUCCUCGAUGACGAGCUCAAAGUCACCAAUGAAGAGUUCUUGUCAGCACUAAACGAAGACAUUCCAGUACCAUCCUCAGUAGCCGAAAAGGCUUGGAAUUCUUUGGCCGCUUCUUUGGCCAAACUAAAACAGCAAAAGAAAGUGACAGUACCGGACAGGCUGGAGCGAAUCCCGGACUACAACAUGGAAUGGAGCAGUAGCUAUUACGCGAUGGUAUCCGAAUACUGGAAUUUGUGCGUGCACAACGAUUUUCAUCCAUUAAACCGCUUAAUGAGAGGUAUCAUUGAGCUGUUUAGCUGCAGUUACAGUAGUGUUGGCACACACGUCAUGUACGACACGGCGGUGCUAGAGUUCAAGACACUUAUGUCAAGAUGUUAUGCUGUAACUAGACUUCUCUUUGUUAACCUACCGACGACAAAGUAUAUGUUCUCAUCAGUACCAACUCUAGCCGAUCUAAAUCAAGAUACCACACAGUCAACAUCACCAGCAUCAAGUAUUCAUACUCCAGAAACAAUGUCAGUCGGAUCAUUGGAACAAAUGGAAAUGGCACAAGCUUUUGAAGAUCCGGAUCAACCAACCUCAUCAAGGUACUACAAUAAUGACAGUAGUAAUAUGGAGGAUAUAACGUUACUAGAAACACCGUGCUGUGAUUUCAUUAUCAAUUACUUGUUCUCAGUGUGCUAUGCUGAUUUGUUUACGGUUUAUUCUGAAAGAUGUGAAGCUUUGGACAGAAGGUAUUGGGAAAGGUUGCUGCAUUUGAAUGCUCACACUGAUGCUCAUUUGCUACGGUACUUUGAUGUGAAGGGGUAAGGCUUAAUGAAAAUAUGAUUUUGUGUUAAUAAUGAGUUUUUAGGCUUAGAAAUGCACUUCAGGCUUAAAAAUUGAUUUUAGGUUUAAAAAUGAAAUUCGGGCUUAAAAAUGGUUUUUAGGCUUAAAAAUGUAAUAUUGGGUAAAAAAAGGGAUAUUAGGUUUAAAAAUGGGUUUUAGGCUUAAAAAUGAAGUUUUAUGUCAAUAAUUUUUAAAAAAUUUACUUUUUUUUCAGAGAACUCUGGCCAACCGACAACGAUAACAUCAGUGUGUUGGAUGCAUUUUCCGUACGUUUUGUUUUUUUUUUGAAAAACUUGUGGCACUUUUUAAAAUUUUAGUUUUUUGCGUAUAAAAGAGUAUGAACUGGAGUUUUAUUUUAGGCUAGAGUAAGGGCCAGAAACAAGUUUUAUGGGAGCGCGGUGACUCGACUUCAACAAAUCAGCGGAGUUUUCAAUCCCACCAGCAAGCUGGCUAUUCUAGCUGAAGCAUUUUCGGAAAUCACUCAGGUUAGUUUGAAUUUUGAAACAGAGGGUAGUACUUAUAUCAUACUUAAAAGUAGGCUAGAGUUUAUUAAUGGUACAAAAACAGAGAUUAGUACUGAUUUUUUACAAGUUGAGUACUGGUACUCAAAAAAAGUUUAGUACUAUAAAAAUCAAAAAUCUUUCUUUCAAAUAUUAUUAACGUGAUGUCUAUGGCAUUACGAUAUGUAUAAUAAGCAUAUAAUGAAACGCCUACACAUUGGUUGUUGUAUUUGUGCAUUAGCGUGUUGUACUCAGCGCGGAAAUAAUCAAAACCCAAGUGUUGUCAUUGUAAAUAAUUACCGAUAAAAGAACAGCUUAUGUUCUGUUGCUGAAUUUAAUGGAGGCUAA